CAGGUAAUAUAGAAACGUCAACUUUGGCGACAAGCGCCAUGCAAUAUCCAGUAUAUUCAUUAAAAUAAAAUACAGAAAAUGACGCUGCAGAACCAUUACCGUCUGGUAAUAUGCCACAAACAAGGCUAGGACGCGCUCAGGUCAUCGUAGCCAACAUAUUUCAGGACACUGAUGAUUCCACCUAUGUACGACGAAAUGCGGAUAUUGUUGAGUUGGCUUCUAUUGUAACAGAAAAAGCGCCUAUGAAAGGUGAUACUGCUAUGUGGAUAAGUGAAAAUUUACAGUUGAUGGACCUUUUGUUUCACGGCGAUUCGACAUAUCCGGGACUUGAUUCUGUGUUUGAUGAUCCUAAAGCACCUGCAAACUUCAAAGCAUCUACUAUUAGGUUACUAGCUGUUCUUGCAGAACAUGUUAGACCAGACCUAUUUGCUGAGUGGAUCUUUCAACGAAUACUGUUUUCAACAUCUAGUACGCUGCCUGAGAAAGAACGAGAGCGUUAUAAAGAACGGUCAACCUGUCUGUUAGAUACGCUUCGUUUGGUUGUUGAAAACUCAACAAAUAAUGCUAUGCUACAUCGACAGUUGGCGACUCUUAUACCGUAUAUUCUAAGUAAUCUCAUGACCGUAUUGGAUACCAUUUCUUCGUCGGAACAGAUUCCUUCGAUAUUGAAAAUACUACUGGCGAUAGCAGUUGGGCAUCCUCAGUUGGUCGAUACUAGUUUCCAGGAUAUUGUUGAUCUUCUUAUGGGGUGGCAUACGGAUCCAAAUGUGUCUAUCAUGGUACAUACAGCGAUUGAAGAAUUUUAUCUCAAAAUGAGGAAUUUUUGGUCUACUAGGAUGCCUUUUGCUUUCGACCUGCUUCAUCAUCUCAUCAUAGACAUACAGACGUCCAAUGAUAGCUUGAAGAGCUCCAGUGUUUCACAGAAGGAUAAGCAAGAGACUACAAAGGCCAUGAAAGCGUAUUUUGCUUGCUUUCAUUCCAUCGUACGAGCCAUAUCUACAUAUAUCACUGAUCUGGAAGAUCCCGUCUCUUUAGCAGUUGGAGCUCAAUUCGAUGAAAUACGAACGAAUAUGAUGGAAUGUAUUUGGCAGGUGAUCGACGCGUCUACACCUCCUGAUAUUGGAAAGAAAUCUAUCAUGACCAUGAUCGAGCUCGCUGAGAUUAGGAAGAGUACAUAUCAGCCUUUGCAAUGGACGAUGUAUACCAUAAUUAUCAAGCAGAAAAGCAGUUUCGAAUCGUAUGAGCUGCUAAAGAUAUUCGGUCGCGCAGCCAAAGCUUGGAUUCCAAAUAUUGAUUUAAACAUAUUAGAAGCUAUGCUAGAUGCUCAGCAUUCGCCGAUCAUCCAACUGUACUUUCAAGAGGGACGCGCCAACAUCAAAUCUGCAGCGAGAUCGUUCUUGCAAAUUUUAUUGGCUCACUGUCAUGACAGAGCUAUGCAGGAGAAGGUGGUGCACGGUUAUUUCGAGGAGGUUGAAACGUGCGCAUCGCAACUGAAAGAGUACCUCUGCCCUGCAUCGAAUUCGAAUGUACAUGUGCCACCAGAUGACUCGAACAAUGGAGAAGACGACAUAAAACGCAUUCUGUCCAAGAGCUUUGAUACUGCAAAAGUCAGCAAUACCAGAACAACAUUGACUUUCUUUGCAUACAUUCUACUAGCGGUCUCCAUCAGCUGGCCGCAAUACCAUCAAGCCUGUAUUAACAGAGUGGUUUCUGGUAUAGAAUCAGGCUGGGAAUGCGCUUGUGAGAAUAUUGCAUGCGAACUACUCGCUGUCACGCGAGAAUUUUAUGCAAGUCAAGGUUAUUUCGCUCAUCCACUGCAAAGCGACAAAUUUCAAGCAAUGUGCAGUUUACUGGCCAAGUCAGUCGGCCGUUGGGUUCUUCUUAGUGACAAAUCCAAGCGAUUGAUUAUCAGUUGGGUUCGGGAUGUAACCGUGGCAACAGAAGCUUCUCAACAUGCACACAGCAGCAUAGAUGAUGUUAUUAUUGAUUUGUUUGCUGCUCAAGAAUCGGAAGACAAUGUCGUUACUCUUAAAUUGGUCCUUGGUAUUCUGCAGGGUGUCGAGAGGCUUCAGCUGUCUGCAAAAGUCAUGGGUAGCCUUUAUCCUACGUUAGAGCGCAGCCUACGCGACCCCGAUGAGAAAAUCUCAUCUUUGGCUUCUUCUAUUCUCGUAAACAUUACGCCAUGGUUGGCAGUUUCAAAGAUUGUGAGGCAGAGAUGUUAUGAACAAAAGAUUCAGAAGAAGAUAAUGGCAUCUCCACACACCGGUAAUUUCCGACCAGCACACUUUGAACAGGUCAUGAAAUUCUUGAGCAUGGAAGAGUAUCUGCCAAAAGUGGAUCAAAGCAUCACAAACAGUCUUAUAGAUGACUGGUGCCAGCGCCUUUUCCAUCAUUGCGAAACGACCGCUAGCAUCCAGGAAACCAUCAAGGUCGCACACUUUCCUAAUGAUGAUAUCUCUUCUCUUGACAAGAACACAGAUAUGUUGCUUUAUUGGGUCAUUUGGGAAGCGACUAGGUACUGUAUGCUUUCCAGGAUGCGAACUCCUUGCGGUGGCCCUCAACAGACAUUUUCAGCAUUGGAACGCACGCUGGAUAAGCUUUUAACGAAAGUGAAUUCUCAACAUAAUGGACAUAAUUUGGUACCACUGAAAUACCUUGUGUUACUUAUAGACAGAUUGGAGCUUCAAAUCUUCAAUGCAUCUAGCGGAAAUGCAACGGGUGCAAUGCCUUCAGCGCCAAGGUCAAGCAUCAUUUUCUUCCGUGCAAACAAGAAAACUUGUCGAGACUGGUUCGCGCAUAUUCGAGGCAAAGUGAUCGCAGCUGCAGCUGUUUUAUGCGACAAUCAUAUGAUCAUUCGUCAAGCUUGGGUGUCUCUGUCUGAAAAGGAACAUCACCUUAAUUCAUGCAGCAGUACAGAAUCAACAGACUUAAUCGCGGAUAUGGAUCGAACCGUAGCCAUUCUAGUUGAGGCAUUGAUUCGCAUUAAGGCGGUGGAAGUGUUGAAUGGUCUGCAAAAAUGGUACCACUCCACCGCCGAGCUUGCAACCAAAAAGCAAGCUGGAAACAUCCCUGAUCGCAAUACAGGGAGUUUGCUCUUUGCACCCGAACAAGCGAAGAAAUGGUUUUCGAUUGCAAUUAUGUAUGCGCGUGGCCAUUAUGAACUAGCCAUCAAGGAAUACAAAAUGUUCCGCACAUCUCUGAGCGAUGGCAACUUUAUUCCUGAAUGGUCUACAACAUUAGACAAUCCAGCUGUCGACUAUUUGACAAGCGUCGAAGACUAUCAAACGUUGAAGGAGUUGCUGCUAUGCGGAAAGAAGACGGUUGAUGUAUUUGGAAUUGACAUGUUGAAUGAUAUGCUAAGGACGUACGUUCAGGACACCAAUAGUAAAACGACGCUUGGUAGCCAACUAUCGCCGUCUAGCUUUGAAAUAUGGAUCGAACAUAUGAACGUACAGCAAUGCAUGUAUUUUGCUCGACUAAAGUAUUUUCGAAAUCAUAUCAUUUCGCUCAGUACAAGAUUAUCGAAGCCGACAUCAUCGGAACGAAAGCGGAUCAUCCACUCACUACUAAGUGACAAGCUGGCGAUGGCUGUACAAGCAAAUAAUUACUUGAAGUGGAAUGCGCAGAGUGAAAUGUCGCUAAUAGCACUGGAUGCAUCUGGUCAAGCAAAAGCAUUAUCUGGCUGGAUUUCCAGUUACAACCACCGAUUUAAGAAAAGCGAUCUUGAGCAAGUACACAAGGAUCCAACUCAUUGGGCGCGUUUAGGGCACUAUCUACGUACAAUGGACCCAUCACAUGAACAGAGUCUUAUAAACAUUUCGGCCUGGAUCAAAGCUUCGGUGAUCACAGCUCGUGUUUGCAGAUGGAACAAAAAUGUAGUCGAAGCUAAUUCCAUCAUUGCCGCUAUAUUGGCGCAACAUCCAAGUUGUCCAGAAGCCCUUUUCGAGAGAGCCAAGUUGUUAGAGUCGUCGCAAGAGUAUACCAAAGCGGCCGCUAUAUACGGACAGUUGGUACACGAAUCCACCUCGUCUGAUCCUGAGCUCACCAAGGAUAUGAGAGCAAGAGCCGCUGUUGGUAUGACCAAGCUCUGCAAACGCAGACACUGGCAAACCGCAUGUUCCCUGCUACAGGAAUUUAAUGCUGAUAUCAUUUGUGGUAACGAAACAGAUUAUAGUCAUGCCAUAACCACUCUCUAUGAAUCAGCGUGUCAGUUCGCUCCAGAGUGGCCCAAGGCGUGGUUUCUGUACGGCUCACAUUGCUACAGAUAUGGUUGGCAAAUACUCGAAGAUAUCAAAAGUGGUCGUGGCGCCAUUCAGGUCACUCAAGAAACCGUGGAAGAUGUACAAACCAUCGUUAAGGAAGGAAUGGAGAGCAAACAUUCAUCCAAAGAUGUUACAAUGCUCUGCAAUAUCUUCACACAUGCAUCCCAAAGCUGGAACUUGGAAGAUAAUAGUAAAUCUGGAGAUUUUGAAGAUGAUAUUCGAGCAGCGUACCCCACUGUUUCCGACUUAACGAUCAAUGCACUAGUACAGAGCUUUGCUAAAGUACAGUCUGCUAUAGUUGUCUCGUUCAGUCGUGCUACCACAGCCUAUCGCCAAUACCUGAAGGUGGAGCAAUAUGAACAUGUGGAAACCAAUAGUGCGCCAUCUAUGAACAUAACAUGUACUUUGCGAUUGAUGCGACUUCUCAUAAAGUACGGGACUUGUCUGCGGUCGCAAUUUAACGCUUUGAUUGCUACGGACAGCAUCAAAUCUUGGAAAUUGAUAAUCCCGCAACUGUUUUCACGACUGAACCAACCUGCAUCGUAUGCAAGGGAUGUUAUUUGGGAAAUCCUUGCAAAGAUAACGCGAGAGUCACCAAAAAAUGUCAUCUACGAAAUCAUCGUCGGAUGCAAUUCGCCCAAGACGUCAGCCGAAAGCAAGCAACUCUUGGAACGCAUGGCAUCCCAACUGUCGGUCAAAGAUGCUCAAAUGCUGCUUAGCAUCAAGAAGAUGAUAGAAGAGAUGGAGAAAAUAACGGUGUUAUGGGAAGAAAAGUGGAUUAACAAGAUAGCCAUGCUUCAGUUCGACGCAACUGAGAGAUUGCAGCGGUUUGAGAAGGAGCUUUCGAGAAUGAAAUCUACAUCUUCCAGCGAUGUAGAGCAAGGAAGCAAAGCACUUUCUGAUGUUUACGAUGCCAUUCUACUGCCUGUUGUCGUUUCCAUACGAGACUUGAUCAAGGAAACGAUCGGCAAUGGGUCGCAUACACCACAUGAAGACUGGUUCCAGAAUUCCUUUGGAGGACGCAUUCGGCAGGCUUUCACGUCCUUGGAAAAGCCAACAAACUGGAAAAAUUAUCGUCAAGGAUGGGAUUGCUUUCAAAAGCUUCAUCGAGAGUUAAUGAAGGAAACAGCGAAAUUGCGCAUUCUUAAGUUGUCGCAACUCUCUCCCUAUUUAGCUCAGAUAAAAGGCACCGAUAUUCCUAUACCAGGCAUCCAAGAUCCCAAUGAUGAAUGUACAAUCGAUUCAUUUGUGGAAGAGAUCAUUACUCUACCUACUAAAACUCGACCCAAGAAAGUCAACCUCAAAGGUUCCGAUAACAAGAUAUACCCAUUCCUUUUCAAAGGGCUGGAGGAUUUACAUUUGGAUGAACGGGUUAUGCAGUUGUUGGGCACAGUAAAUAAUCUUGUAGAGGGCGAUAUGAACGGGUGUGAAGCAGGUAUGAAGGCCCGAGUUUUUGCUGUUAUUCCAAUCAGUGAUCAUUCUGGCAUGAUUCAAUGGGUACAAGAUGCAAGUCCACUUUUUGCGCUGUACAAGCGAUGGCAACAACGCGAAAAUGCCGCCAUGAUCAUGACAGCCGCCGAGAAACAGGUGCCUGAAAAACACUCGACUGUCAUUACACGCCCUACUGAAAUGUUUAUGGAAAAGAUCAGCAGUGCAUUGAAGCGAGAAGGAUUACCUGUUACCGCAAGUCGCCGCAAGUGGCCAAAGGAAGUACUGAAAAAUGUUUUCUUGGAACUGGAAAGUGAGACGCCGAAUGAUCUACUCUCCAAGGAAGUAUGGUGCAACAGUACAACUGCUCAAGACUGGUGGCGCAGAGCAUGCUCUUUAGGCAGAUCCAUGGCUGUCAUGUCUGUCAUUGGUUACAUUAUUGGCCUUGGAGAUCGUCACUUGGAUAAUACCAUGGUGGACUUUGGCAGUGGAGAGGUAGUCCAUAUUGAUUUCAAUGUUUGCUUCGAAAAAGGAAAGCGAUUACGGGUUCCUGAACUGGUGCCAUUCCGACUGACUCAAAACAUGGUCCAUGCUCUUGGUCUGACUGGGCCGGAUGGGAUCUUCAAGAUAGCUGCAGAGCAAGUACUCUCCGUGUUACAAAGACACAAAGAAGUCCUUGUUACACUUCUUGAUGCAUUUGUCUAUGACCCACUGUUUGACUGGAGUACUGAAGUAGAAGAAAAUCAAAAGAAGCAGAUGAUGGAUUUGCAAGCUAAUUUCGGUCUAUUGUCUAACCGCUUAGAUGAGGUGAAACAGCAGUUACAGGAUGAGGAACGACUCAUCAUGUAUUUACUCGAAACUUUGUGUGUGCAGCUGGAAACAGAAACGGUUACCGAGGAAUCGACUGCCACCUUGUCGGUACAACAAGACAUGGAUGAUACCAGUAAUGAAGUAAACUACUCCGUUGAAGACCUGAAGCAAAUUCUUGUCGAUGUGAUGCCACUGCUGGAGUCUAUCGAUAUCAUGCAAGUCGAGGUAGACAAUGAACUGAAGAUUGGGCAGCAGAACGUGAAGAUCAUUUUGGCGUCAAUCGCAAAGUUGGACGAAUCUAUACCAUCUUUGAUAUCAUCAUCGCUCACCGAUGAAGCCGACACCAAGAAUGUCCAACAAAGCAAGGAAAGAAGAAUUGAAGAAUGCAUGCUUAUUAUGACCACCGUUCGUGAGCUCUUCAGUGCUAUUAAAGCUCUGGAAGGCUAUGGUACAGACGUUAAGGCUGGCCAAACUGAUAUCAUGCAGAUAACCAAUGCAUUGCAGCAGAUGAACAUUAGCAAGGCAAGCAGCGACGAAGACGCAAUGGCGGCAAGUAGAGGCGCAUUUGAUGAAGGCGGUGCUGAUUCACACGCAGUUUUCGCGGGCGAUGGAAAGUUCUCCGACUUCGAUGUUACCGAUGCACUUGAUGAGGAUACCAAUGUAGACGGUUUGGUUAUACCCCCCAGUGAAACCACCAAACCUGAUCAAGAAAGUAAAUCUGUAGAUGUAGAAAAGAAGACCGAGCGGCGUAACCAUCAUGCUGUCGGCAUUCUUCGUCGUAUCAGAAGCAAGCUGGAAGGUAUCGACUUUGGUCACAGGCAGGCUAUGAGCGUACCAGAACAUGUUUCAUUGAUGAUCUCUGAGGCUACAUCCGUCGAUAAUCUCAGCAUGAUGUACGAAGGCUGGACCAGCUGGGUAUAGGAAGUCGAACAUGAUAAGAACAAACAUGAUUAUGGAAAACAGCAAACAUGUUGAUACCACUCCAUUCAACCAUUAUAAAAACUAGUUGUAAGCAGCAGCCUUAUUGAUU